AAAGGUCUUAAAACAAUACUAUACCAAUUAUUGGGAGAUAUUUUCCGUGUUUUAUAGCUCGAUGCGCAGAUUUCUCUCUUGUUUUCCAUUGAAGUAGCAUAAUGCACUAAUAUGGAUUUUUAAAACAGGCUUUAUCGCGUUAUCUGUAUAAACACAAAAAAGUAAAAUACUCAAUUGGACUAAACUUCAUUGAUUUGUAAUUUUACCACAUUGUAAUAUACAGCUGGAUUUUCUUUCGUGUUCAUAUUUUUUAGAAGUGUUCCUUUCUUUAAAACAAAAAAUUAAAAUUAUUUUUAAUUGGUAAAGAACAAGAAAAGCCUUUACAUGGGUUAUUAACUUGUAUGAUGAUAUACUAGUAUAUUACAUAAUAUAUAUAUUUACUUAUCGUGAAGUAACGUGAAGUGGAAUUUUAUAAGUCAAAUUGUAAACAACAUGUGUGACAUGCUGCAAAAGCUAUUUUUGAAGCAUUAAUUAAGAGAAGUAUAUACGAAUUGCAUUUUUUACAAUUUCAAAUGGAAACUUGUCGACAUUAACAAUUUUGUUUUAAAUAAAAGUAGAGCGUCAGGCGAAAGUUAUUGACUUUAGCAGCGGAACGAUAUGUUGAACUUUGCCCUGACGGUAGCCGUUAAAAUAUAAGGAUUUUAAGCUGGUUAUUAAAAAUCAUAUAUAUGAUAAUAGGUUAAGCCGAUUAUGUUGUGUUAAACUAUUUCAGUUGUUGAUAUUUUAAAUUUAACCUAUAUAGCUGAAAACUACAAUAAUAUUUAAAAACAUCUUUUAAUAUUUGAUGAGCUUAACUGAACUGAAAUAAAUUUAAAACGACAGUGCCAAAGAUAUGAUCUGUGCAAAUCGUCAGUCUGGAAGUACAAUAUAUCAUAUUUUGUGCGGAGAGUUUUAGGGAUUGGAAUGUAAGUUUUUAUACAGGAAGUAAUCGGGGAUUUAUCAAGAAAUGGAGAGAAACAUUUUUCAUUUGCCCCUGGCGGUUUGGUCAUUUGUUUUACUUCCGGACACAGAAGCAUCUUGCUCAAAGCCUUCUUUGAAUGCCAAUUCAUACACGUUGUCCGAGGACAAAGCUUCAUACGCAGUGAAUGAGACAUAUGAAAUUUUCUGCGUACCUGGUUACAUAAGUUCCGGCGGAAGUAAUCUCGUCUGCGGAAAUUCUGGUACAUGGUCAAUAGGGCCACCAGAGUGUACACCAUCAGAGGGAACAUAUCCAUGGUGGCUGCUGUUAGUCGCUGUAUUACUGGUUAUACUAUUGGUAUCGUGUAUUCUACCGAGAUUUUUACAGUGUUGUUUAGCAAAAUCAAAGAAGAAAUCAAAAGGAAAUGAAACAAGAGAUUUGGAACAAAACAACGAUAACUACGAUGAUGAUGAUGACGACGAUGAUGAUAGAGUAGACUCGCCCGUUCCCAACUUCACGAAAAAUAAGAAAAUGAGUAACAUCGAAUUUAUGUCAAAGCUUCACGAAGACGCAGAUAGAAAGACACUUAAGCGUGCAGCUAAAAAUUCUACAUUUUAGUGAAAAGAACUGGCACGUGGGUUAGUUCAAAUGAAAAUAUCGCACAGCUACAGUGAUUUAGCUUGUAAUGUUGAAGGGUGCUCAAUGUGUAACAAUAAUAGUAGGUCACUAGUCAGCUGACACUAUUCCUUAUUUUAUCAUAGUCAACAUUUAGCAAUUGCAUAGUUGUAGUUCUUGAACAGAAUGUUUUAGGUUUAGAGUGCAAGGUAAAACAUUAUUCCAAAGAUAUGAUCAAUUAUGUUUAACGUAAAAUCUUGUUAGGCUGUGUAAAUAAGGCUUAAAAGAAAUAUUUGCAUUCUUUGAUUAAUGUUAUGCAAAUUUGUAUAGUCACUACAUGUAUAUUUAUAUCUUGUAAAUGCUUUGUUUCGUUAUGUUGACGUAUUCCGCAACCAAGGCAACGAGUUUAAUGUACAAAUGUUGUUCAAUUACAUCGAUAUUUUAUCAAUGUGUAUGAGUGGUUAAGUCUGGUUCAUCAAAGUUUGUUCAAAUAAAAGGCUUGUUUGGAAUUUUACAUCUGAUCAGAGAGCUAUAAAAAUAAAUAGAUCGGCAACUUGAAAGGCAUAUAGAGCAACUCUCUGCAACAUCACGCGGGAACUGAAUGAGAUCUCGUUUUACCGGUGUAUGAAACAGACAGCAGAAGGAUAAAAACCUGUGUCGUGAAAAACUUUCUAUCAGAGCGUUUGUUUAUAAUGAUAAUGGUUCUUUUUUUAAAUUUUAUUAAUAUGUUCUACGGGGGAAAGGAAUGAUUCUAUGACUGGAAGUCUGAGAAAUCAACAGUUGUCGUUUGAUAAUUGGACUCGAUUCGGUUUAUUUCGUGCCAGCCGUAUCGCCAGUGUAAUACUUUUGUAAUUGUAUGUGUAUUUGAUCACGGUCAGCAAACGUUUCAAUAAGAUACCGCGGUGACACGAGCUUAUGCGAGAUUAUCUCCUGUUGCCAUUCUGUGUAUUUUAUACUUUCUUUGAUCUGAUCAUUUUAAAUCCGUCUGUAUUCACGUUGCGUAGCCCUUAAUGCAUAUUAUAUAUUAUCUGGAGGUACUUUUUAAAUUUGAUUUUCCACCCUGGUUGCUCAAACAUGAAACGGUUUGUUCGAAACUGAACUUUGACAUCUGAUCUUUAAGAUUAAUUUAUGCUCACUUAAAGUACAAGUAGGAUUUUCACUGGUGGUGGUUUUGAAAUUUGAUUUGCCUAUCCUGGGUGCUCAACCCUUGAGUUAUUUUUGGCAAAAGUAUAAAUUUGAUAAAUUUACUUUUCUUCGGGGUUUAUAUAAAUAUAAACCAUAUUGUAUUAUAUUUGUUAAAGAUAUGCGUUUACAAUCAGGUAUUUUGCUGAUAUUCAUUAGAAUUGCAAGUAUUAGAAAAUAUUACUACCUUCCUCUCCCUGUCUUGUUUGCUUUCUUGUACAUCCAAGAUUGAAAUAAUUGAAUGAAAAAUGUAUACAGUUUUAACACCUGCAUUUUAGUUCGAAUUGUUGAAAUAUCCCAGUAACUAUCAAAUGCAAUAUGUAUUUGGACUUAGUGUUGUUAUACUCUCUGGUUCUGAUGAAUCAUGGAAUCCAUUCAGUUGCAUUUAUAAAUUAUAAAUCCGCUUCAGCCGCUGCUAGGGGAGCAUUAGGGGUGUUGUCAUUUUUAUUGCCUCGUGCUGCACCACGUUUAGCGGAAGUCUAUCAUUUAUGAACAUUGUGUGGCCUCCAUGAUACCAAAGAUCUAAAGACACUUUCAAGUUCGGGGAGACAUUUAACACCUGCAACACAACACUGUGAUGGUUAAUAAAAUCUAUAAGAUCCUCUCUGACUCUGAUUCUUGUAGGUAAAUUGCCAGGAAAUUGCAAGGUACUUGCAAAGAACCGGUUGGUUCUGGUUCAGAGUUUAACGAAUUGAAUAUUGUUGAUAAACGUCGAAAAAACAAGAUCACCAAAGGCUUAAACAUUCGUCACAGUAGAUUCGACCACUAGGCAAUGUUGACAUAUUUGAACAUAUAAGUGAUGUUUGAUCACUAAUCUAUGAGAAUAUACAUUUUGUAAGCAUGUGGAUGUUACAAAUUCUAGAAAGUUUCACCAGUCAUAUGUGUGUUUUCCCACUUUUGUACUGUCGUAUCAUUUUCACACCAUCUAGUUAUAUAUCAGUAUAUACUUUUUUGUUUACACAAAACGCAUAUUUGGUGCCGUGAGAGAUAUGAAUGGAUGUAUUUUAUUACCAACCUUUGCAAAAAGGAACUAUUGUAUUUUGACUCUUUGAAAGCAUCUAAAAUUGUAAUAACAACUGCAAAUGACAGUCACAGUUUUGGACCACGUAUUUAGAGGUCACACGUUUUGAAAAGUCGGCAAACAAAUUCAUUGACGAUUUGACCAAAGUCAAUAGCCUUUAGUUACCAUUGUUAUACAGUACUGUUACAUGCUCGGCUUUGUAAAAAAGCAGAUUUAUCUCAACUGUCCACGUACAGAAAUUCCAUUUUGUAUUUAAGUUUAUGGCCAUAAUUCGUGUUAAAACAACAACAGAAAAAAACGCAUUUCUUGUUCAAGCCUUAAUGUUCUCAGCACUUGAACUAGCUCAAACUGCAAUCGCUCUCAGCUCAUUCCAAAGUUACAAGAAAUAUUCCAGCAAUCUUAUGUCAUGUUCAUAGCUCUGUGUAGGUUCAAUUUUGUUGUUUUAUUCAAUGACUUUUAUUUUGAUAUUGGCCUCUGUUUUCGAUUAUAGUAGAAAAAUUUCAAAUUCCAACAGCUAGUCGUUACUCUACCGUAACGUGUUUUAAACAGUAUUAGUAAAAACAUUAUACGCGUCUGAGAGAUGCCGACCCAGCACAAUUGAUGUGAGAUUAUAUACCAAAGUAUUUGGAAUUGCUGAGAAUUUAUAGUAAGUUAAAUCAUGACAAUGAUAAAAUUUGUAAUGAGAAACAAUUAUGAACAAUGAAACAAAAAUAAUUGGCACCCUAUUUUUUCUUGUAAAAUUUCAGACAACCAUAAGAGAUUUUCAGAUUCUUUACUUAAAGUGUGUAAGUGUGCGCUCUUUUAAAGUGUAAACCUAUUACUCGUAAAAUACUUGUUGACAAAGGUUAAAAACUAUUUAAGAAAGAUGAUCUGUCGAUUUUUUUUAUUCUUUGAUCCUUCGUAAAAGAUUGCAAUUAAGAAUACUUCACAUUAUUUCCCUUCUAGGGAAUUUCUGUGUAAUCAAUGGAUUUACCACUAAAAAUUUCAAGCACUUACAAAAGGAAAAAAGUGUCACUUUAUUUUAAUAAAACAUAAAAAUAUGCGCAUGCAUGUAUUUUGAUACUGACUUUGAAAUAAAAUAUUGUAGAUAUACUAU